CAUUUGUUUCUGCAAAAAUGCAGAAAACUUAUGGUCUUGUAGUCUGCAUCUUGGUUAUUGUUAUGGAUGUUACAGCCGGAAUACUUGGAAUUCAGGCUGAGAUAGCUCAAAACAAGGUGAACCAUUUCAAAAUGUGGAUAUUUGAAUGUAAAGACCCCAGCUACAAUGCUUUCAAGUUGGGCUUGGCUGCAGCCAUACUGCUUGGCCUUGCUCAUGCCAUUGCCAACUUGUUUGGUGGAUGCUUCUGCGUUCGAUCGGCUGAUGAAUACAAAGGAUUAACAGCUAACAAGCAAUUUGCUGUAGCCUCGCUCGUCUUUGCAUGGAUUGCGCUUCUGCUCGGAUUCUCAUUGCUUAUCUCAGGAGCAAUGUAUAACACAAGGUCGAGAAAAUCGUGCGGUCUAGCUCACAAUCGUCUUCUGUCUAUAGGGGGGAUUGUUUGCUUCAUACACGGCUUGUUUGUAGUUGCUUAUUAUAUUACUGCCACGGCAGGACUCAGGGAGGAGACAAAGCCACCGCCGCCACAACAGGGAAACCCUGCUGGAGCUACAGGCCACGUUUAGCUUGAUGAUCUUCUUCAUGUUAUCCAAAGAAAAUGCAUAAACUUUACAUUUUUUUUUCCAGUUCUUACAGCCGUAGGAUUUUGUCAAAUUGACUGCUUUCAACUUAGCAUGUUACUUCAUGUCUAGUACUCCAAAAUUUGGAAAUAGCUCUUAUAAAAAAAAAUUUAUUCCUCUUGUUCUGAGUGUGAGUAAAUAUAUGCCUAACUUGAUUGGGUGGACUCCGAAGCUUUUAUAAGAGAAAAUGUAGUAGUAGUAUGCGACUUGGACAUGGGGUUAAAAACUAUAGGGACUUUAUGAACAAAAUUUUGUUUGGAUGAUAAAUUCUUUAAAGUUAUUUUAAAACUCGAGAAGAACCUUCCUGUAACCAUGUUCUAUAGAAUUAUAUGUACAUAUUUUUUCGAAAGCCCAAAGUUGUGGAGGGUGAGAAUGAGAUCAUAAUAAUCUGCAAACAGUAAAAAAGAAUUUGAUCAGACAGUUCUAGAAAACUAUUCUAAAACAAACGCACCCAUUCAGCACCUAACUGAACAAUUCAUCCAAAACAAGAAAAGAGAACCGUAAUUUACACCUCCAUCGAGUUCUUGCCUCAAAUUAAACUUCGGGAAUCUCAUAAUAUUCACCAUCUUUAAUUUCCAAACCCCGCCAAGAAAAUAAACAUUCUACAAGCAUAUUAUAACUACCCAAAAACCAGUAAUGACAGAAGAUACCUGAUUAACCAAGGUGAAGAAAUUAUAAAGCAGAUGUUCUUAGGAGAAAAACAGAAAAGUUCAAACAAUAUCAGUAGAAAUGACAUGAACACCAAAUAUAUAUAGAGCAAGGAUUCUCAAACAGAAGUAGAGAUUUAAUUUAAACAUGGUCUGUAGAAGUUACCCUAACAUCUAGAGGAUAUUCAUAAAA